CUCGAGAAGAAUGUGGCGCGUCCGCGAGGUCCAAACAACGUUUUCCAGUGACAAUUCUCAAAGCUCGCCUCCAAUGGACGCAUCCAUCUGGGCGAAUCUCUCGCUCGAUUUCCAGCUCAAGCUUCUCGAUCACUUGCCUCUCCGGGCUCUCUUUCGCGCCAAGAUGUGGCGCCAGGCCGUGCUCUCACUCUGGGAGACAAAGUUUUACUACGUCCACGGCAACAAGAUCGCCAGCCCCGGGGAGAAUUGCUGGAGUCCUCUUCCGCUGGAUUACCUUCCAAACUACCCGGAAGAGCUCCCCCGGGCCGAUGUGUGGCCGGCAGCAUCGAUGGGCUUGCUCCUGGUGGAAACCAGGCAAGCGCUGAUCGUCACCAAUCCCCUCACUCGCCGCUGGACUCGACUUCCACGCCUGCUCUGUGACCCGGGCUCGUACACUUGUAUCAUCAGCUUUCAGGCGUUCCCAGACUCGAGCUUCCGGGUGGUCUGUGCCUCGUCCGAGUGCCUUCACGUCUACACCACCUUGCAGCUCCUCGUGUACCAUCAUCGCUGUGGUGCGGCGGUAGCAGCGCCCUGGGAGGGGCGGGAAGUGGACAUUGGAGAUGGCCAGGUGCUCGCAUCCAAUCCGGAGCUUGGGCUAUGCAGCGAUGGAAGCAACGUUUUCUUCGUCACCUGGACGAGGUUGGCAUCCGCCACGGAGGAGUUCUCGCUCAAGUCUAUCAACUUCGUCGGUCGUGGCUCAGUGGCGAGGACUGUGGCGAGAUGGAAGAGCCUGCCCCCGGGAUUCAUGGUCCUUGACAAGUUCGUCUACCUCCCAGUUGUCUGUGGUGGACGAAUCCUCCUCCCGUGCAUGCAAACGAGCAGCGGUGGCGAUAGAGUGAUGGUAACCCCGGCUUUGCUGCUUCUGGACGAGAGACUGGAGCAGUGGCAGCCCUUUGUGGCAAUGCCGCUGGAUGAUCUGGGGCUGGUUCCUCGGGAGCUCGUUCCAAGAAUGGCGUCGGAGUGGUGUAUUCGCGCGCGGGCCUGCGAGGAGGAGGUGGUCCUCAGUCUUCUCGGGCUUGAAUUCCAGUGCGUCUACAGGAUCUCGAGCCGGACAUGGUCGCCACUGCCGCUGGAGGGGGGGAGCAUCUGCAUUGGCACUAUACCCUUCAAGUUCUCGUUGCUUGGCACAGUGCCAGGUUUUGUGCGCUCUGUUCCAUUUCUUCUCGUCAGGAACCAUUUUGUUUCUCUUUGCAGGUGUCUCGCUGAGGCUAAGAUUUGCUGUUCACUAGCAAACUACGAUAGACUAGCAUUGUAGAGACGUUCAGCUCCUUCACGUAAGUUUCAUUUCCUGAAACGGAAACAGUGAGACUCUUUUGGUCGAUAGAUGGAUGAUACACGGUUUC